AUGUCCAUCUGUGUGUUGGAUCAGGUGUUUGAACAUUUGGAUGAAACCUAUAUUAUAAUAUUGCUUGAUGAGCUGUUUGCCAACACAACAAAACCGGUAUUUGGCGCCAUGGAGAUUCAAAGAGAGUUGCGUGCUGUUAGAGCUGAAAUAGCCCGAAGUGAGGCCUGCGUCCGUAUGGAACUCAAGAAUGUCCAACAUUUGGUGAAGCAAAAGGGUCACCGCCAAUAA